AUGGAAGCACCUAAUGAUUUACCAGCAAGUGAUGGAGCUGAAAAUUCAGUGAAAGAUGCUUUAGAAGAGAAUGAUGAUAACGAUAACGAUAAGGAUACGGACAAAGAUGGUUCAUCAAAUAAAGAUACCCAAGCCAAGUCUAAUAAGAAGAGAGCUUCAAAGAAGGAUGACAGGCAACACGGUGUAAAGAGAACUAGGUGGGAUAAUAGGAGAAUCCCUAAUAUUGCAGCAGAAUUGGCCAAGAAUAGGAAUAUAGCUAGAGGACCUUCACCCGGUUCAACGACUGAAUCUUCAUCGCCGACGAUUUCUCAAGCAUCCAAUGUACCUCCCACUGUAAGGAGUGAUUCCGAAAGUCAAACCCCAGAACCAAUCGACUAUUCGAGUAAGAAGGAGUCUAAUGCCAAGAGAACGCAGGUUAAGAUUUCUUCACUUUUAUCAUCAAAUGGUGAAGAAAGUAGUAGUGCACCUUUACCUCCAAUUAAAUCGGAAAGUGAAAUACCACCGUUGAGUCAAGUCGAUGCACCUUUACAAGCACCAGUGGCAUCUCGUGCCUCCCCCAAAGUUAUUCUGCCGACUCAAAUACCCGGUAGUGCACCGUCAGAUUCUAACGAUUCGUCUACAGAUACGCCAGGUGUACUUAUUGCAAGAAUGAGCUCUCCAGUUAGCGUACCGCCACAAGCUCAGUUAAAGAAAACUAUGAGUAACCUAGUCGGUGAAAAUAAGACACAAGCUGAGCUGGCUCAAAAAUCUAAUUCCAUGUCAUCAAUACCGCAGUCAAAGGACAAACAGAACAACUCGUCGAGUAAUAAUUCUGUCGAACCUAAGAAAAAUACUUCACCAAAGUCAUCAACUAACAAGGAAUCCAAUAAGACCGGUGCAACAAAAAAUGAUAGCUCUGCAUCCACGAAAAAAGAAUCCUCUGCCGGUGUAAAGAAAGAUGGGACCAAUGGUAAUGUUAAAAAGGAUAAUUCAUCUAGUAAGGAUAACAAUUCCACUGCUAAAAAGGAUACUCAUUCAGGAAACGUUAAAAAGGAAAACUCUGCACUAAACACCUCGAAGUCUAAUGAAAAGAAAGAUAAUAAACCAACAAGCAAGACAUCUGUUAAAAAGGAAAAUAGUGUUAGUAGUGGUACCAAUACGACUAAUAAAAAACCCAUAGAUACUAAGAAGAAACCACCUGUAAAGAAGGAAACUGCACCGACGGCCAAACCAGCAAAAACACCCAAGAAACUGACGGCAGCUCCCCCCAUAAAAUCACCUUCACUGCUUGAGGUGCUAGAACGCGGUAAGACCCAAGAGGAGCCAGAAGAUCCAGCACUGAUAGUAGAUGUUCCACUGUAUUCUACGGAGACUAAUGAAUACUUGGAUGAAAAUGGACAAGUGGUAUUCAAUUUUUACAAGGUGGUUCAAGACAAGUUUUCAGUAGACAAUGGUGGUGGUAACUUAACUGAUUUGAAAGCCGCUAAAAGGAAUUUAUUCGGUCAAAUUAGUGGUACUCAUAUGGAUGGAGCCGCAGAGGAAGAUGAUGAUGAUAUUGAAGAAGUGGAAGAAGAUGGUGAGGAAGAAGAGGAGGAGGAAGGUGAAGAAUCAAAACAGAAUGCAUCACCCAAAAAAAAAUCACAUCCUAACAAAGGUAAGAGUCUCAUUGGGAAAUAUGACACGGAGGAUCCCUUCAUCGAUGAUACUGAACUGUUGUGGGAAGAACAAAGAGCAGCUACAAAAGACGGUUUCUUUGUAUAUUUCGGGCCAUUGAUAGAAAAAGGACAUUAUGCAAGCCUGGAGAGGGCUGAUGGGACAAUGAAGAGAGGAGGGGUGAAGAACAAAUAA